CCGCCUUUUGUCUAACACUGACUGGAAACUGACUGGGGAAACUGACGGUGGAAAGUCUAUUAUUUGGUAAGUAUUUGUUUUUUCUAGUAGUUUAGAAUGUUCCCUGUUUCCAAGUAGGCCUAAUGCCUUUUCAUUAUAUCGACAAGAAUAUUUGAAACCACCGUGUUAUAUUUUGCUCCGUUUUUAGUUGGGUCUAAACAGCAAGCUAGCUAGCUUGCUAGAUAUGGUUAGCAUUGAAUACUGGAUAGUAGAGAUCAUUAGAUUAUAUUAAAUUAGAUGUCACGUUAUUGUCAUUGAACACAGUACACCGAAAUUCAGUUUAAAUUCAACCAAAAAAUGCAAAGAGUAAUUCAAGUGCACGAGGUAAAGCAGCAAGCUAGCUAGCUGGAUAACUGGUUUGUUAGCUAGCUUGCUAGAUACGGUUAGCAUUGAAUACUGGAUAAUGGAGAUCAUUAGAUUAUAUUACAUUCGAUUUAACGUUAUUGUCAUUGAACACAUUGCCUGUUGAUGUCCUUAAUGAGGGAGUCGUGUCUACACUGAAACAAAGUUUCCCAGAUGUGACUGAGGUUCAUAUGGCAAACAAUGUGUCUAGCUUGGGUAUACGUUACUGCGAGGGGAUGAUUAUUGUACACGGAUCUGCAGAUGGACUGCCUAAAUUCCAUGAGAUCAUUAAACUUUGCAUUGUUAAGGAGAAGUUGUGUUUUCUGGUAAAAGACGCAUGUGCUUGGUACAGAGAGCAUUAUGGUGCUUUUGAGCUGUCUGCCUCGCCCAAUACAGAGGUUGCCGUUAUUGAGCUUGCUGACUUGGUAGACCCCUAUCCCCUUGUUGACUACAUGGUUGGGAGUUUGCGCAUGGUAAUGUUGAAAAGAUUCAUCAUUGUUAAAGGUGAGUAUCAUUUUUAAACCUAAAUAGUCUGAGCUCUGGAUAGCAGGCUCUGACAAAAACUGUAAAACCAUUUUUAUGUUCAUCUUUGAUAUAAUCCUAAUGUGUUUCUUUCACCUUGUUUCUGCUCUAGAUUAAAAGGUGUUCCAUAAUGGCAGGUCGGGCGCUUCUGCGCAUCAUCUUUGCCGACCAGUCUGACUCUAGAAAACUGACCCUGGAUUCGGGAAUCCCAGCAACAGUUGAAGAACUGCACACAUUUGUCAAGACAUCUCUUCAAUUGAAAGAGGACUUCCGUCUGCAAUACAUGGAUGUUGACUUUAACGAGUUCAUGAAUCUUACAUCAGUGUCUGAAAUUCAGGAUAAAAGCACACUGAAAACGCCUUGAGAUUGUGGAGCAAAGGCCUUUGAUAGGGGACUUCAAAUGCAGAUGGCCUGCUCUGUUUCAGCAGAGUGAAGUGAAUGCGGAGUUUUUGAGGAUCACAACAUCACCACUUCAAUCAAAGUUCAUGUGGCAGCUGGACCACUUCUCAGACAAGCUCUUGAAGAUCUUCAAGACCAAAGGAGGAGUGAAGGGGCACAAAAUCAAGGAAGCCCUUGCAAUAUCAGAUUCGUUUGAAAACAUCCACAUCAAGAGGGGGUGCAUCCUGCGAAGCAUCGCGAUCUACCUCAACGAGGAUCCAGACUCUUUUUUUAAGGAGUAUCAGGCCUCUGCCUCUGAAGAUGCCAAGAGGGACAUGGCAAACACAGUCAUGGGCAUAUACACACUUCAAAGAGAUGUGGAUGGGCAGCCAGAGGACGUGGGAAUUGUCAUCGAAGGCAAUAUAGUCAUGGACAACUUGGGCAGCGUGAUUGUGGGGUUUGUCAUGCUAUUGGGACUUAUUUAUGCCCUGGAUUUGAGCUUUCCGGACAACCUCAAACACACCUUCGAGUUCAUGCAGAAGGUAGUGAUGAAUCUGGAUGGGCACAAGCUGAAUGGUAAAAUCGAAAGUCUGAAGAUCAAGUUGUUCGAUUGAAAUGUGAAAAAGAAGUGACUCAUGAGUUCAUUGUUGUCAUUUUAUUCACGAGUUUCCUAGUCAGAGCAGAUUGAGCCGUUAUAUCAAUCAUUUGUUCUGUGCUUUUCUGUAUUUGUUUCAACACACUGUAACACUUUCCAUAUGUUGGUGUUUGCAGUGCACUCUUUAUGUUAUGUGUUAUUGUCCUGUUAGAAGAGCAGUGCAUACCCCUGUUAUAUUGUAUUCAUUGUAUUUGGCAAAGGGAGAUUUGUAAGUUAAUUAUAGGAGUUCCAUUUCUCUGCCAUUUUAAAAAUGGUAUUAUCUUUCAGAAAUGUUUUUCAUCUUUCAGUGUGAAUUCAUUCAUUUUAAAAAGACUGUAUUGAAUGGAGGAUUGUUUUGAAUAAUGUGAAUUUAAAAAUAAAAAAAACUAAACCAUGUUUUCUAUCAUGUGUAACACAUUUUUAUUAAAUUAUAUUUAACCUCAUUAUUUCAUUUUCAAUUAAUUAAAUAGGAUUUAGGUGGACUAGCAUUAUUUAAAUUCAUAAAGGUAAUGUUAUCAUUUUACUUAAACUCUAUUUGAAAAAUUUGAGUUGGACUAACUCAUUUACAUUAUACUGCAUGGAUGCCAUUAGUUUGAGUUUGUGCCACAUAUAUUUAUUGGAUGGAAAACCUGCCAACAAUAAAAUUGAGUUAAUCCAAUGAGUUAUUUC